AUGAAAUCGCUUAAAACAAAUAGGACAUCAAAUAAUUAAUGUAUUAUUGGUGAAGUUGGGUAUUACAAAUAAUGUUCUCGUUUUCUUCCUUUAGAAAGAGCUGAUGAAUUCUCAACUUAGGAUGCUAUCAUAUAUGACAGACUAAGAUAAGCGGGUAUGAAAAGAAAUAAAGCUUUAUAAUUUUGUAAAACAUAGCAUUGUAAAAUUGAUUCAACUCAAACAAAACAUGGACCUCCUGGGUUUAAAAUAUUCAACACAAAGAUUGAUAAAUUUAAACAAUAAAAUGGGUAAAAAUGAAAUAAAUAAGAGUAGUUGGUAAAUGAUAGGAAGAUUGAAUUAUAAAUAAUUUAUGCGAGAAGAAUUAAGUGAUGAUACACAAUGGUAAAUAUAAGAUUAAAAUAAAGAAGAGCAAUAAAAAAUGGAAUAAUUAAAAUAAUUUUAUACUGAUUUAGAUGUAAAAUAUUCAUUUAAUGAAAUGGAUUAAUAAGAAACUCUAUCUAAAUUACGUUCACUUUCAACUGAACAAUAAUAUAGAAGUCGAGUUCCAUAAUAUUAAUUGAAGGAUGGUAAAAAUUAAAUGUUAUAUUAUGAAAUGGCUGAAUAUAUUUUACAAUUGAAAAAACCACCUAAUACACUUAUAUAAAAAUUAAAUGUUUUUGAUAAUACUAUUCCUUUAGUCAGACAAGAAUAUUUUGACAUUAAACCUAAGUAUAUAGAAAAAGCAACUCCAAUUUAUAAUAAAUUAAAUUGUGAAAAGAGAUCUAAAUUAUUAAAAGAAUUAACUAGAGCAUAUACUGGUAAUAUUACCAUUACAGAACCUACUGAAGAGAUUAAAAAGGUAUCUUAAUAUUUAUAAUUUUGGCUAUUAGAUUCUCCUAUAAAUUAGAUUAUAAUAAUAGCCAUUAUGUAAAAGGUUUUAAAUAAUAAUAAUCACCAAAUGAAACAGUUUUAUAAAGUUUAAAUGAUAUCGACUAAAAAAGUACUAAGAUGA